GUGCGUGUGUGAGCUGGUGUAAUCUGACUGCACGCUGGGGCUGCGUUCCCUGAGAAAAAGCUCGGUGCUCUCUCAGUUUUUCUGCCGGUCUUAUUGCCGCUUUCAUUGUCUUUGUCGACAGUGAUAAAGAGAGCAGUUCGACCGUGGGCCUGUUUUUGGAAUAAGAAAAAAAAAGCAUUGCUGUUUUCUGACUUUGACAGAAGAAAGAAAGGGACUCCUCUGGAAUUUCCUAAGGAAUUUAUUCAGACAGCUCCGUGACCGGGGCUUUGCAUUCUUCCGCCUGGGUAUAUAAUGUGACCAACUACUCUACUCUAGGGAAAUUCUGAGGAGUUCUCAUCUUUCAUCACUCUGGUCCGAGGCAGCAAUCGCAAAAUCAUUAUUCCAAACAGGGUGGGGGCAGAGGGGGCAUUCUUUUUCGGUGGUGCGUCGGCGAGCUGAAGCCGCAGCAUGGUGGCACCUGCAUGAACACAACAGUGGAGCCUCGUUUCGUGUUCUCUUUCCUGAGACAUCAACCACAGGAUGAGGCCUGCGGCAGGUCUCAGGAGAGAGAAUGUUCCAUGACUUUCACACCUCCGACCUCAAGCUCUUGAACUGUUGGGCGGGUGGCUUGAGUGCUGAAAGGCUGUGAAUACCCUGCAUCUGAGAAAUCAGACCAGACUGACUCACAGGGCUCUGUGAGCCAGCGCCACCGAGGCUGCCAAAAGCAUGCUGGUGCCAAGCUGUCCCACCAUGCACAGAGCCAGACCCACGCUGCUGCUGGUGCCGCUGCUGCCGCUUGUCCUGGGUCUGUUUCUCCACCUCGCCGACGCUCAAACGCCACCAAAGUUUUUAAGAACCCCCAAUGACCAAACAGGCGUGCAAGGAGGCGUGGCAUCCUUCAUCUGCCAAGCCACCGGCGAUCCACGACCCAAGAUUGUGUGGAACAAGAAGGGGAAGAAAGUCAGCAACCAGAGAUUUGAGGUGAUAGAGUUCGACGACGGCUCCGGUUCAGUGCUAAGAAUCCAGCCGCUGCGCACGCCCCGAGACGAAGCCAUAUACGAAUGCGUCGCCUCCAACAGUGUUGGAGAGACGAGCGCGACCACCAGACUCACCGUUUUACGUGAGGACCAGCUGCCCUCUGGUUUCCCCACCAUAGACAUGGGCCCACAGCUGAAAGUGGUGGAGCGGACGCGCACCGCCACCAUGCUCUGCGCCGCCAGCGGCAACCCCGACCCGGACAUCUCCUGGUUCAAAGACUUCCUCCCCGUCAACACCACCAACAACAACGGACGCAUCAAACAGCUCAGAUCGGAAUCCUUUGGUGGUACACCAAUAAGAGGAGCCCUCCAGAUAGAGCAGAGCGAAGAGUCCGACCAGGGGAAGUAUGAAUGUGUGGCCACCAACAACGACGGGACCCGCUACUCUGCCCCAGCAAAUCUAUAUGUUAGAGAGCUACGAGAAGUCCGCCGGGUGCCGCCGCGAUUCUCAAUUCCGCCCACAGACAAUGAGAUCAUGCCGGGCGGCAGCGUCAAUAUCACAUGCGUGGCAGUGGGCUCUCCCAUGCCGUACGUCAAGUGGAUGCUCGGUGCGGAGGACCUCACGCCAGAGGACGACAUGCCCAUCGGCCGCAACGUCUUGGAGCUCACGGACGUCCGCCAGUCGGCCAACUACACCUGUGUGGCCAUGUCCACCCUGGGGGUGAUAGAGGCCGUGGCACAGAUAACGGUGAAAGCAUUGCCCAAGGCCCCCGGCACCCCUGUGGUGACGGAGCGCACAGCCACCAGCAUAACACUGACGUGGGACUCGGGCAAUCCGGAGCCAGUGUCCUACUACAUCAUCCAACACAAGUCCAAGUACUCCGAAGACUCGUUCAAGGAGAUCGAUGGCGUGGCCACCACUCGCUACAGCGUGGGAGGCCUCAGCCCUUAUUCGGACUACGAGUUUCGAGUGGUGGCGGUCAACAACAUCGGGCGGGGGCCGCCCAGCGAGAGCAUCGAGGCCAAAACCGCCGAGCAGGCGCCCAGCACGGCGCCGAGGCAAGUCAGAGGUCACAUGCUGAGCACCACCACGGCCGUCAUCCACUGGGACGAACCGGAGGAGGCCAACGGGCAGAUCAUGGGUUACCGAGUCUACUACACCAUGGACUCCGCCCAGCAAGUCAACCUCUGGGAGAAGCAGAUCGUUCGCGGUUCUCACUUUGUCACCAUCCAGGGCCUCAUCCCCAAUAAGACCUACUACAUCAAGGUUCUGGCCUACACCUCAGUAGGCGACGGACCUCUAUCCGCAGACCUUCAAAUAAUCGCUAAGACGGGAGUUCCCUCCCAACCAACUGACUUCAGAGGGGAAGCCAAAUCAGAAACAAGUAUUUUAUUGUCAUGGAUCGCUCCUGCGCAGACCGGACAGGAAAACCCAAUCACUGGAUAUGAACUCAUGUACAGGAAGAGGGAUGACAAAGAGGAGAAACGCAUCAGCUUCGAGCCGACAACAACGUACCUACUGAAGGACCUGAAGCCCUUCACCACUUACACCUUCCGGCUAGCGGCCCGUAGCAAACACGGCGUCGGGGCUUACACCAACGAGAUCUCGGCAGAAACUCCACAGACACAACCCUCAGGCCCACCUCAGGAAGUCAAUUGCCACAGCCCCAGCUCCACCAACAUCCUGGUAAGUUGGCGGCCCCCCCCAAUGGAAUUACAAAACGGGAUCAUAACGAAAUACAGCAUCCAAUACGCUGCAAGUGACGGCGAGGACACCACUGCUCAUCGGAUCUCCAGCAUCCCUCCGGAAAGCUCUCAGUACCUUUUAGAAAACCUGGAAAAAUGGACAGAUUACCGCGUGACGGUCACUGCUCACACAGAUGUCGGGCCGGGACCGGAAAGCCCACCGCAGCUCAUCCGCACGGAAGAGGAUGUUCCUAGCGGGCCACCUCGUAAAGUCGAGGUGGAGGCUGUCAACUCCUCAUCAAUUAAAGUGAUCUGGCGUUCACCGAUGCCCACCAAGCAGCACGGUCAGAUCCGAGGGUACCAGGUGCACUAUGUCAGGAUGGUUAAUGGGGAGCCCACAGGACAGCCGGUCGUCAAGGACAUCCUGAUGGAUGAUGCCCAGUGGGAAUAUGAUGAUUCUACCGAACAUGACAUGAUCAUCACAGAACUGCAGGCCGAGACCACAUAUUCAGUAACUGUGGGAGCCUACACAACCAAGGGCGACGGUGCACGCAGCAAGCCCAAACUGAUCACCACCACUGGCGCAGUUCCCGAUAAACCUCGACUAAUGGUCAGUACAACCAACAUGGGCACCGCUCUCCUGCAGUGGCAUCCCCCGGCAUCAACCCACGGCCCCCUGCAGGGCUACCGCCUCCGUUUCGGCCGCAAAGACGUGGAUCCGCUGACUGUCAUUGAGUUCCCUGAACGGGAGAACCACUACACCACCAAAGAAAUCCACAAGGGGGCGUCAUACACGUUCCGUCUCUCCGCGCGCAACAAGGUGGGCUUCGGUGAAGAAACGGUCAAAGAAGUCACCACAAACGAGGAUGUGCCCAGCGGCUACCCUCAGAGCAUUAAAGCAGAAGGUGCCACCACCUCCACCAUUCAGGUUAGCUGGCAGUCGGUUCUGCUGGCCGAGCGAAAUGGCCAAAUAGUGAAAUAUGCUCUGCAGUACAAGGACAUCAACAGCCCAUCCAGCCCCUCAGAACUCUUCAUCACCGCCCCGGAGUCAACAGCCAUCCUGUACGGCCUUAAUGCAGAUACCACUUAUGAUAUUAAAAUGUGUGCCUUCACCAGCAAGGGCUCUGGUUCCUAUAGCCCAAGUGUCCAAUUCAGGACACAGCCUUUGGAUCAAGCAGUGUUCGCAAAAAACUUUCAUGUGAGAGCUGCCAUGAAGACGUCGGUGUUGCUGACCUGGGAAAUCCCCGACACCUACAACCCAGCGCAGCCUUUCACUAUCCUUUACGAUAACGGGCAAAGUGUGGAGGUGGAUGGCAAGCUAACGCAGAAGCUGAUCACGGGUCUGCAACCGGAGACGCAGUACUCCUUCCUCCUCACCAACCGUGGAAACAGCGCCGGGGGGCUGCAGCACCGCGUGUCCACCAUGACGGCGCCGGACAUCCUCCGCACCAAACCCUACCUGGUCGGCAAGGCCAACCCAGAGGGUAUGGUGACUGUGGAGCUGCCGUCAGUGCAGACGUCCGAGAGAGUGAGGGGAUAUUACAUUGUGGUAGUGCCACUGAAGAAGCAGCGCACUGGCAAGUUUUUCAAACCCUGGGACAACCCUGACGAGAUGAAUUUGGAGGAGCUGCUGAAGGAGAUAAACCAAACUAGCAGAGCCCUUCGCUUCCAGAGGCAGGCUGAACCCAAAGCCUACAUCGCUGCCUACUUCAAGGCCCUGCCCAACGACUUCAAACUGGGGGAUGGCAAGACCUACCGGGGCUUCGAAAACAAGCAACUCCAGAAUGGCCAGGAGUACAUUUUCUUUGUCCUCGCUGUUUUGGAAAUGUCUGAAAAUAUCAUGUAUGCCACAAGCCCUUACUCUGACCCGGUUGUGUCAGCCGAUAUCGACCCCCAGCCGAUCAUCGAUGAGGAGGAAGGCCUCAUCUGGGUGGUGGGCCCCGUGCUCGCUGUUGUCUUCAUCAUAUGCAUUGUCAUUGCCAUCCUCCUCUACAAAAGCAAACCAGACAGAAAACGAGCAGAAUCUGAAGCUAGGAAAGGCAGUCUGCCCAACAGCAAAGAAAUGCCGCUGCUUCAUCCCACUGACCCGGUCGAGCUCCGACGCCUCAACUUCCAAACGCCCGGUUCAGGUGCGUCCAGUCACCCCAGUAACCUCCAUUUGUCAAGUAUGGCUAGCCACCCUCCAAUCCCGGUUAUGGACCUGGCAGAUCAUCUGGAGCGCCUGAAAGCCAACGACAACCUCAAAUUUUCACAAGAAUAUGAGUCCAUUGACCCCGGGCAGCAGUUCACGUGGGAACACUCCAACCUGGAGGUGAACAAACCAAAGAACCGAUAUGCCAACGUGAUUGCCUACGACCACUCCAGAGUCCUGCUCUCUGCUAUUGACGGUGUCCCCGGGAGUGACUAUAUCAAUGCCAAUUACAUUGAUGGCUAUCGGAAGCAGAACGCCUACAUUGCCACCCAGGGAUCCCUGCCGGAGACGUUUGGUGAAUUCUGGAGGAUGAUCUGGGAGCAGAGGAGCGCAAUCGUCGUCAUGAUGACCAAACUGGAGGAGAGGUCCAGGGUGAAAUGUGACCAAUACUGGCCCACGAGAGCGACGGAAACGUACGGCCUCAUCCAGGUGACGCUGCUCGACACGGUGGAGCUCGCCACAUACUGCGUCAGGACGUUUGCACUUUUUAAAAACGGCUCCAGUGAGAAGCGAGAGGUGAGGCAGUUUCAGUUCACGGCCUGGCCAGACCACGGGGUUCCAGAGCACCCAACGCCCUUCCUGGCCUUCCUGAGACGGGUGAAAGCCUGCAAUCCCCCAGACGCGGGGCCAAUGGCGGUACACUGCAGUGCCGGGGUGGGACGCACGGGCUGCUUCAUUGUGAUCGAUGCCAUGAUGGAGCGUAUCAAGCAUGAGAAGACCGUGGACAUCUACGGGCACGUCACGCUAAUGCGUGCCCAGCGCAACUACAUGGUGCAGACAGAGGACCAGUACGUCUUCAUACACGACGCGCUCCAGGAGGCCGUCAACUGCGGCACCACCGAAGUGCCCGCCAGGAAUCUAUACGCCUACAUCCAGAAACUGACGCAGAUAGAGGGCGGAGAGAAUGUCACCGGCAUGGAACUCGAGUUCAAGCGUUUGGCCAACACUAAAGCCCACACAUCACGAUUCAUCAGUGCCAAUCUCCCCUGCAACAAGUUCAAGAACCGCCUUGUCAACAUAAUGCCAUACGAGUCCACGCGAGUGUCUCUUCAGCCCAUCCGAGGAGUCGAAGGCUCUGACUACAUCAACGCCAGUUUCAUUGAUGGAUACAGGCAGCAGAAAGCGUACAUUGCCACACAGGGCCCCCUGGCAGAGACCACGGAGGACUUCUGGAGAAUGCUCUGGGAGCACAACUCGACUAUUGUCGUAAUGCUCACCAAGCUCAGAGAAAUGGGCAGGGAAAAGUGCCACCAGUACUGGCCAGCGGAGAGGUCAGCCAGAUACCAGUACUUUGUGGUGGACCCCAUGGCUGAGUAUAACAUGCCCCAGUAUAUUCUGAGAGAGUUCAAAGUGACCGACGCCAGGGACGGGCAGUCGCGGACAGUGAGGCAGUUUCAGUUCACAGAUUGGCCUGAACAAGGAGUGCCAAAAUCAGGAGAGGGCUUCAUCGAUUUCAUUGGCCAAGUACAUAAAACGAAAGAGCAGUUCGGCCAAGACGGGCCCAUCUCAGUCCAUUGUAGCGCUGGUGUUGGUAGAACUGGAGUUUUCAUCACCCUCAGCAUCGUCUUGGAACGAAUGAGAUACGAGGGCGUAGUAGAUAUCUUUCAGACAGUGAAAAUGUUACGGACACAGAGACCAGCCAUGGUGCAGACGGAGGAUCAAUACCAGUUCUGCUACAGAGCUGGCUUGGAGUACCUGGGAAGCUUUGAUCACUAUGCAACGUAAAAGACCCAGUAUUGGAAGAAAAAAAGCAGAGGGCCCUUUGGAAAGAAAACCCAGCGAGCCUCUCUUCUGAGCCAUAAAUUCCUGCUUGAGAAAGUACUCUUUAACUCCUUGCUAACAACUCAUUAAGUGUUGGAUGUGUGACAUGACUUGUCAAAAAAUGAAAAAGAUGAUUCCCGGAGGACCAAGUGUUUCCCAACCCCAGUAAAAACCUCGCCUUGAUACGGAGUGAGGGGAUCCUGACUGUUGAAGCAUCGUACGGAAUUAUCUUUUCUCCUGCUUCAAGGAUUCAUUUUGGGGCUCAUCAAACUGAAUGAAACCAACACAACAAAAAUAUAAAUGAACAAUAAUGACAUCGUCGGAAACGCAUCAGUGAUUAUGAACCAUUACGAGAGAUGUUGGAGGCACACAGAAUUACGGGAGGAGAAAAAACUUGAUGCACUUGUAAGAAAGAAAAAAAAAAAAGAAAAAUCAGUUUCGCUAUCAAGUACACACCGAUAACAAUACCAUUGAAAAAGAAGACAAUGCUUGGUCCACAACAGCAAGACAGACUAAAAGUAAUAACGAAUAAAUACCACUUUCCCUGUCACAAUGUUCACCUAAAUUUUGAAGAGGGUAAAGCUUAAAUGAUAUAUGAAAUAAAUACAAAUUAUUGAUUUAGUUUUUUAGUACUUUAUUAUACAGCUGAUGUGCUUUUUUUGAACUGUGUGAAUUUCCUUUUUUUACACAAAUUUAUUGCUUGGAAAAAAAGUAAUAAAAUGUAUUAACGUAAAUGUACAUUUUUUUUUUUAAAGCUGUAGAACUGUUCUGACGUAUUUGCUAUUGAGCAGAGAAUCUCUUUGCUUCAUUCGAUCUGAUUUCAUUUCUUUUUCAUUUUGCAACAGAAUUCACACCACCAAAUUGUUGGUUUUCUUCAAGAGUUAUGUUUGAUCUAGAUUUUCUUUUUUCGUUUUGUGUCCAUGAUCACAUGCAAGGUAAUCAAUUACUCCCAUAAUAAUAUGGAACACCCGGGGCUUUGUGGAAUCAACAGGGAUGAGCAAAGUAUAAAGUUGCUGCUAUCGAUUAUCUUAAUACUUCCAUGUUAGAAAGAUGAUAUUUGAUGAUGAUUUGGAUAGAAAUUUAUAAAUAUGUGCUACAGAUUGUCAAAUAUUUGUGAAAUAUAUAUUGAAGCAUAUAUAUAUAUAUAUAACAUAAUUAAAUAGACAUAAUAUAUGAGUUCAAGUAUAUGAAAGGUGGAGUGUCUAUGAAAGCUUCUAGGUGGAGAGUCGUGUGCUAUGGGGGAAAUGAAAUGAGAUAUUUCACUGGAAUGCACAUCAGUAGGACACAAUUGUAUUCUGAUUCAGUGCAUCUUUUCUUGUGCAAUAAAUACGUGUGUGUUUUCAGAUAGGGGUUUAUAUGGACAUGACAUUCACUCGUGACGUUAUUGUUUCACACGUAACUGAGGGGUGGGAAUGGCGUCACUGGUGCAUUUGUUUCCAAGUUCUCAUGCAGCCUGUAAUCUGUGGAGGGGGGGGGGGGGGGGGGGGUCACACAGCCGCAAUCACAGCGCCACACAAUAGGGCAAAGUACAAAGACGUCACCUUCCUGUGGUUCUUUAAAGCAUUCAACGGUUAUAACGUUUUCUUUUUCAUUUUGCAUUUAGAGUGCCUUAUAUUUAUGCCUGUUUUUUAUAAUCUUUCAUUUAACAUAUAUAUGUAUCCUUUGGGUAAUCUAGGCUUCAAGUACAACUGUAACCAUGUUGUUUAUUUACCUUCAGUAUUGUCACAUAAUGAGAUUAUAUAUGCAAAUAAGAACAUUUCAAAGCUCUAUUUCAUUUUCAGUGGCCUUACUGGGGCUUUCAAAUUACAAUACAACCAUAUAUCACUGACCUCUACACAAAGCAGUGAAGAAUACACAGAAGUUGCAAAACUUAUUGUAUAAGAUAAUACAGAAUAGUGGUCUCAGUAUUCACACUAAACAAAUGAAGGCACCACAGUGACGACAAUGCACUUUUAACAGCUUGUCAACACGGCCACAUUUUUCAGACAGCAAUCAUCUAAUAUUAAAACAGUAAUACUAAAAAUGUAUCUGGUUAAAAAGAAUGCCUGGUGCACAAGUCAUCACCUCAGGGUUUCGUCUUCAUGCCUUGGGUUUAGAUUCUGGCCUUCACGCAGUAGAGAGUGGAUCGAGAGACUCGAUCUGCCACAAAACCCUCCGUCGUCCUGACAAACCCAAAGAGGUGCGUCGUGUUUCUUUUCUAUGGCCUCGCGGGUUUUAGAGACCGGGGAUCCGUUUGGUUCGGGUUCCGUCUUUGUGUUCAGCGCCAUCGUUAACUUCUCCGUACCCUCCUCGUAGCUUUGUGGAUGUGCAUUCCAGGUGCUUUCUUUCCCUUGUAAACUCAAGCAGCCAUGUGUUUUAUGUCAACUGCUUAACAGAUUACUUUUGCCAUUAUUUUCAGAUAUAAAAGUGCUAUUAUUUAACUUCACGGUGGCUAAUGUUACAUUGUGUUCAAGUCUCAGAUGUUUAUUUUCCCGUCUCAGUUUGUCCUUUCCAUGAUUUAUUUUAAUUUUUUUCUUUUAUAUGCAGGGUGUUACAUUGCAGAAUGGCCAAAGCUGGCCUGGUAGAAAGAUUUGCACUUUCUCUAUCUUUGUACUAUGCACUGCCCUAUUGAUUCUUAACCCAACAAUAUAUUACUUGAACCCAUCUAAGAAAAGAAAACCUCCUUAAACGUUCACUUUGUGUGUGUGUAAAUAACACAAAAAAGGUACCAACUCUUGAAAAAGACAAAAAAAAAAAAAAAAGGUUUGUGGCGAAAAAGAGCAUCCAUCCUGAUGCCAUGGUUACUCCAGCAAAUGACUUCAGAAAAAUCUGUCCCCCAACCAUCUGUUCUUGUGGCUUCGCCAUUCAAGCUUGGAGUGUCAUUAACAGAAAUAAACGUUGUGUUCUCUGCUCUCUCUCUAUCUAUCUCUCGUCUGGAUGCAUAGACUGAAAAUUAAAUAAUGAAAUUGUACAAAAAAAAAAAAAUGGCUUGUUAAAAGAUCAUACAAUUACCUCUGAUUAGUUGUAAGCGUAAACUGUUUCUUUUUCUGAAUGAAAGGAGUGCUUUUUAUUUUCUUACUUAGGUUACAUUGGUGGCAAAAGAAGUCUGUAUGAGAAUCAGUUCUUUGCUGACACAAGUUCCAUUUGUUAUAAAUUAAUUCUAUUAAAAAAUGUCCGUGUUAUGCA